UAAACACCACGGGAGAGAUAAGCCGAGCCGCCUCGGAAAUCAGACCUUCUUGCUUCGAAGAAAGCGAGCCCGAGAUCUCUCCGUCUCCCCCCACCCGCACCCAACCGCCUUGAAACCCUAAUUCCUUCGCUCCCCGCCGCUCUCGCGGCCGCCUCCGGUCCGGCAACACGCCAGGGAAUGCAGCACGAUGAGGAGAUCGAGUCCUGAUCUCGCCGGGAAGCGGAAGAAGCACGGCGGCCGGAGCUGCCACCGCAAGCACGUCGAAGACGGGUAGCCCUCUCUCCUCCUUCGUCCUUCCUCUCUCUCUACAUUUGUAAAGAAUCCAAGCGCAAAAGAAAAGGACAAAAAAAAAAGAAAAAGAAAAAAGAAAGCGGUCUCACCAUGGAGGAUGUGGCGCCGCCGUUGCCGGCGGCGGAGGGGAAGAGUGUCCUCCACGGUCGGUACGAACUCGGGCGCGUGCUCGGGCAUGGGACCUUUGCGAAAGUCUACCUCGCCCGGAAUCUCCGGACCGGGAAGAGCGUGGCGAUGAAGGUGGUGGGGAAGGAGAAGGUGAUCCGGGUGGGGAUGAUGGAGCAGGUGAAACGCGAGAUAUCGGUGAUGAAAAUGGUGACCCACCCCAACAUCGUGGAGCUCCACGAGGUCAUGGCCACCCGGUCUAAGAUCUUUUUCGCUAUGGAGCUCGUCCGCGGCGGCGAGCUCUUCUCCCGGAUCACCCGUGCCGGCCGCCUCCGGGAGGAAGCCGCCCGCCACUACUUCCGGCAGCUCAUCUCCGCCGUCGACUUCUGCCACAGCCGCGGCGUCUACCACCGGGACCUCAAGCCCGAAAACCUCCUCCUCGACGACGGCGGCAACCUCAAGGUCGCCGACUUCGGCCUCAGCGCCUUCGCCGACCACGUCCGCUCCGAUGGCCUCCUCCACACCACCUGCGGCACUCCGGCUUACGUCGCGCCGGAGGUGAUCGGGAAGAAGGGAUACGAUGGCGCCAAGGCCGACCUCUGGUCAUGCGGAGUCAUCCUCUUCGUCCUCCUCGCUGGGUUCCUCCCCUUCCAGGACGAGAACCUCGUCUCCAUGUACAAGAAAAUCCACCGCGGGGACUUCCGCUGCCCGCCGUGGUUCUCGUCGGACGCCCGCCGGGUCGUCACCAAGCUCCUCGAUCCGAACCCCAGCACCCGGAUCACGGUGGCCAAGCUGGUCGAGACCCCCUGGUUCAAGAAAUCGCCGAUCCUGAAGCCAGUGGUUGCGCCGGCGGCGGCGGCAGAGGAGAAGGUUAAGAAGGGGAAGGAGAAGGAGAAGGAGAAGGAGAAGGAGGAGCCGGAGAGGCUGAAUGCUUUCCAUCUGAUCUCGCUCUCGGAGGGGUUCGAUCUGUCGCCGCUUUUCGAGCAGGGCGGGGGGAGGAGAGAGGAGGGGAUGCGGUUCGCUACCAGGGAACCGGCGAGCGAGGUGAUCUCACUGCUGGAGGGGGUGGCGGCGCGGGCGGCGGGGCGUUACCGGGUGACGAAGAGCGGGGCGACGGGGGUGCGGCUGGAGGGGAAGCAGCUGGGGAGGAAGGGGAGGCUCGCGGUGGCGGCGGAAUUCUUCACGGUGGAGCCGUCGGUCCUAGUGGUGGACGUCCGGAAGGACGCCGGCGACACCCUCGAAUACCAGAACUUCUGCAGCAACGAGCUCCGCCCCGCCCUCAGCGACAUCGUUUGGGCCGCCUCCGACUCCCCGACCACCACGGCCGUCUGAUCAAAACCUGGGUCCAUCCGAUCAGCGGUCGAGAUUCGUGGCGAUUCUUUGGAUAUUUUCUCUAGCACCCCGUCUGCCAUGUUGGUGUAUGCGGAAGAAUGUAUAUUAUUGUCACUAAAUAAAGACUAUAAAAUUGAAAGGCGGGGGCUUUUAUCUGUUUCUUUCUUGUUUAUGCCCUAGUUUUGUUUGUCUCUUGUUCCUCCUCUCUAAAACUGUAGCUCUGCUCCUUCUAUUCUUGUUUAAUUGCAUGGAUUUGGGUCUAAA